GGCUCGGAAGGCUGGCGUCCGAGGACUCAGGAAGCCACCAUCACAAUACACACCGUCCGUCGGCCCUGUGUACACAACAAAGUAAAAUAUGUUAAUAAACAUGUCACCGUGCAACUCCACAAUGGAAGAUGAGCUUUCGUCCAUAAUGGACGCACUGGCGAAAGCCGCCGUAUCUGAAAUUACCAAGCUGUUCUCGGAAGGCUCGGCUACCCUUCGCUUACAAAUAACUCGGAGCCUGAAAGAAAAGGAAGCGAUGAAGACGAGGAUGAAGGUGAUGAGGAGGGAGCUGUUUUCUUUGCGGCUUCAAACUAGAUCAAAUGCAUCGCGUGCGGCAAGUCGUUUGGCCCUGGCUCGAGCCAACAUCUGCCGGCCAUGGACUAAACCACUGGGGAAUGAAGACUUCGAGGACUUUGGAGACCACAGCACACAGCGUGGCGCCAUCUCUGAGAGUCUACAUGCCCCUGGCUCCUCUCACAUGUCCAGUCACAGCGAGGAACUGCGGAUCCUGGGCAUCAAUGGAGAAGGGGAGGGCUCACUGGCGGUGGACGGCCGUGACGCCCUCUUCACUGCGUCCGAAGUGGAGGCCCUGAGCCCGCUGUCUGCGGACCACAGCGUGACCAAGAGCCUGGAGCGUGGCGAGCGGUUGGUCUGCCGCGAGGAGCUGACUGUGCAGCAGCAGACCCCAGACACCAUUUUAAUCAAGGAUGAAGAGGAUAUUGGUGGAGCCAUGCCCGCUCUAGAAGACUGCGAUGACUUUGAAGACCGCAGCACAAAGCGUGGCGCCACCUCGGAUAGUCUGCAUGUGGACGCCCCUGGCUCCUCCCACAUGUCAAGUCACAGCGAGGAGCUGUGGAUCCUGAGCGUCGCUGGAAAAGGGGAGGGCCCACUGGCGGUGGACGGCCAUGACACCCUGUUCACCGCGUCCGAUCUAGAGGCCCGAAACUCGCUCCCCGCGGACCACAGCGUGGCCAAGAGCCUGGAGCGCGGCGAGUGGCUCGUCCACCUUGAGGAGCUGACUGAGCAUCGGAGCGGCCGCAAGGGCCGGCCCUGUGUCUUGUUUGGCAAGGGUUUUCCCGACAAUACCAAGAAGACCAUCCCAAUGAUUACCCACACCGGUGAGAAGCCAUACGGGUGCUACCAAUGCACGAAGCGCUUCCAAAAGAAAGCCAAUCUGAAGGCCCACAUGAGGACUCACUCCCUACAGGUGAAGCCCUACAGGUGUGACCAAUGCAUGAAGAGCUUCGUUACCAGCGCUCAUCUGAAGGCCCACAUGAGGACUCACUCGGGGGAGAAGCCCUACAGCUGUGACCAAUGCAUGAGGCGCUUCGGACGGAGCUCCGACCUGAAGCGCCACAUGAGCACUCACUCCCUACAGGUGAAGCCCUACAGGUGUGACCAAUGCAUGAAGAGCUUCGUUACCAGCUCUCACCUGAAGGUCCACUUGAGGAUUCACUCCGGGGAGAAGCCCUACAGGUGUAACCAAUGCAUGAAGAGCUUCAUUGUAGGCUCUCAGCUGAAGAGCCACAUCAGGACUCACACCGGGGAGAAGCCCUUCGUGUGUCUGCAGUGCAACGCCAGCUUCGGCGACCGUAGCACUUUGGCUAGGCACAUGCGCAAGCACAAAGGCAAUGAGGUGCUUUGACACGGAGCAAGGGGACGCUUUGAUUGACACCUCUAUCUUGUAUCGGUUGAAAUGACUGCUGUAGUUUUUUUAUUUUUUAAUGCUUUCCAACUUUUGAUUCGCUUUAUGCUUUCAUUGUUGUAAAUAAUUGAUGUAUGUGUGAUGAAGAAUAACUUGAUCAUGCGAAGCGCAUACGUUCAGUAGGACAAUGAGUGACCAUGAUUCUUUCACAUCGUUGGUUAAUACAAAUUUUGACUGUAUAAAUAUAUGUGCUCCAUAGUCACCAUAAGUAUUUAGCCAAUGGGAUGUCCCUGAAUGAGCAUGUGACAUAGAGGCGAGUUCACCAAGCUGCCGAAAGAGCUGUGGACCUAUGCAGUCCAGACAGCUGCUAUAGUGAGGAACGAACGGACUGCACAAAGCAGACCCUUACUUACGGCUGAAAGGGAAACAACCUUGAACAGGAUGCAAUAGUUUGGUUCAGAGUGCUAUGCUCACAAACAGGACAAGAAAAUUAGACUCAAGGUGUGAAAAGUGAUUUUUUUGUCUGCUAUGACAAGAACAGUUCAGCCUAUAUGGUUUGAAAAGUGCAGAAGCAUAGACUGGUGAAGUUUGUCAACCAAACAAACACAGAGCGGCAGACACAGCGACUGACAUGGCAGCUGUCGAUGAUGAUUCUGAUCUGCAGAAUAGAACUUACUAUACCAGGAAAAAUACUGAUGUGAGUCGAGCCCAUACACAGGACAACGUGCCAGUUACUAUGCCUGAAGUACACAGCCAGACACAGACACUUGAGCACAAGCGUUACCCUUCAAGAGAGAGGAAGAAACCAGAUUACUUGAGUGAAUAUGUGUCUGGCGAUAAUGAGAGUGAUGAUCAAGUACUCACUAACAGAUUAUUGCUAAAAGAGUAGUGACUAACAUACACUUACAUUCAGAGAAGCUGUAACCUCACAUCACUCAAAAUAAUGGGUAAAUGCGAUGGAUGAGGAGGUACAAUCAUUAAAAGAAAAUGAAACAUUUACCCUAACACACUUGCCAGAGGACAAGACAGGAGUGGAGGGUAGAUGGGUUUAUCCUAUUAAAAACAAUCCAGAUGAAUCAGAAAAAUGCAAGGCACGCUAUGUAGCCAAAAGAUACAGUCAGAGGGUUGGUGUGGAUUAUGAGACUUUCUCCUACUGCUAACCUGACUAGUAUCAGAGUCUUGAUGCAAAAUGCAAGAAAACUUGAUCUGACGUCAGAUGGAUGUCAAGACAUUCUACCUACAUGCACCAAUACAUUUUGACAUUUAUAUGGAACAGCCGGAAGGUUAUGAGGUGAAAUCUGGCACAGAUACAAAGUUGGUAUGCAAGCUGAAGAAGUCGCUGUAUGGCGGAAAUUGGAACAAGGUACUGCACAAGUAUUUCAGUGAAAACAACAAAACACAAAUAACAGGCGCAGUACCACAGUGUGUUGUGUAAGCUUAACUGAAAAUGGACCUUUGAUCUCAUGGAAAACCAAAAUGUUUAUUUUUUUUGUUUAUUUUCGAGCUGGUUUGUUAAAGACGCUAAUGUAGCUAACAAUAAACAACGACUAGCCAAUUUCAUGACACAAUCACAAAGUCGCACGAGCACGCCAAAUGACGUAAAAAUGCUCUCGGAAAUGACCGGAAAUGACGGCUCGGAAGGCUGGCGUCCGAGGAUUCAGGAACACACCAUCACAAUACACAACGCCAAGUGUCCGUCUGCCCUGUGUACACAACAAAGUAAAAUAUGUUAAUAAACAUGUCACCGUGCAACUCCACAAUGGAAGAUGAGCUUUCGUCCAUAAUGGACGCACUGGCGAAAGCUGCCGUAUCUGAAAUUACCAAGCUGUUCUCGGAAGGCUCGGCUACCCUUCGCUUACAAAUAACUCGGAGCUUGAAAGAAAACGAAGCGAUGAAGACGAGGAUGAAGGUGAUGAGGAGGGAGCUGUUUUCUUUGCGGCUUCAAACUAGAUCAAAUGCAUCGCGUGCGGCAAGUCGUUUGGCCCUGGCUCGCGCCAUCAUCUGCCGGCCACGGACUAAACCACUGGGGAAUGGUGAGUUGAGUUCCUAUUGUAAUAGAUAGAAAACAGGAGGGUCCAACGUUCAGGGGGCACUAUUCGU